AUGCUCAAGUCGUUGGCCAUUGCUAGCCGUCGUUUUGCGUCAUCUGGUUCAGGAGAUCUUCCAAGGUGCGGCUAAAUUUAUUUAUUCUUCCAAUUUUGUUUUCAGAAAGGUUGUUCUCUGUCCUUCUGGAUCGAUAGCGGCGGUCCAUCCUCCACAAGAGUUCCCAUACGAGCAUACUCGACCGAUAGAGCUCGAAGAAGUUGAUAAGAAGGUAAAAGUGGCCAUUUAUUCAUAAAAAAAUAGAAAAAUUAUUAUUCAGGAAUCAAGGCUUUCCGCUGAGGCUAAGGCGCAAACUCGCAUCCCACGAGAACCUGAAAAUUCGGAAUUAAAAGAAAUUUUUUAUACGACCAAACACGAGUGGUUUAGCAGGUUCGAAGGAUAUUUCUUGCUUAAUCCUCAAAUUUUUAAAUUAAGAACUCGCGAGGAACGUUUGCGAAAAGUUGCUGCCCCACUCCCCAAGAAGAAAUAAGUGCACGUUAUGCGCCUUUCAACCUAUUUAUCCAAAAAUUCUUUGAAAAUCGUCGAUCUUGGAACCAUUUCUUAUAGAGAAGGUCUGCAACAGCAGCAAAAAUAUUUAAAUAUUGUUAAGUCACACAAGGGUACUUUCUCAAAGUGAGUUAUUUCAUAUUAAUUGCUGGAAAAUUUGCAUUUUCAGCAAUUUCUUAUUAACUCUUGAACAUAAACCAGUUUACACUGUCGGUAUUCGAAGCAAGCAAUAUACCGAAGAAGAAGAACAGCGGCUCAAAUCUCUCGGCGCCGAUUUUUACAGGUUUGUUUCUUUCACAAAAAAAAUUAAAGUAAAGCAGAGAUGAGAAAACCCGAACUUUAAAAAAAAAGAUGUCGAAUUAUAUUAAGUUUUCGUUGCUAAAUUAUUUCCCAUUGAAAUUCUAAUUGUACAACGAUUCAAUGAAACAAAGAAGUAGUUUUUCAAAUAAAAGUUAAUUGUGUAUCCCCAUUUUCUUGCGCUAUAACUUCCAUAGGUUUUCAAAAACUGUGUUUUUACGUUAUUUUUUUCUGACGCAAAUCCUUGAUUAAUUUUUUUUUCGCUUUUUUGUUGAAAUUGUGUCUUCAAAAUAUUUAGCAAGUCAGUGGGCACUUGAAAUGUUCAUUUUGUAUUGAAAAAAAGUUUUUCGGUUGGGAAUUCUUUCAAAAAUGGCUAAAAAAAAACGUUUUGAUGCACGGAUAGAAAAUUUUGAAAUUCUCGACCUGCACAACUUCUUUGUUUUUGAGGGAUAAAAAAUGUAUUGAAUGGAUUUUGAGGGUUUCCUUUGACUUUCAGGUGUUUCUUCUCAGAAACUAAGAAGUUGUAAAGGUUUCAGGUAUACAGAAUUUUUAUCUGAUACAUCACGAAGUGUUCUGGCCACUUUUCAAAAAAAUCGCAAAAUGAAAAGAUCUUUGUAAAAAAAAAACCUCUAUUUUGUUUCAUCGCAGGACUUCUCGCGGUGGUCUUAUAACGUUUCACGGCCCCGGACAGCUAGUUUUAUAUCCAAUCUGUGAUCUUCGUCGGAUCGCUACAAAACCUCUUGGAGUCCGGAACUUCGUCGAAAAGCUUGAACAAGUACAUAAUCAUUCUGCAUCGAAAAGAUCGAAGAUUGGUUCUUCAGACUAUCAUUGACUGUGCGACGAAGAGUUUCGGUAUCUCCAACGUCGGUCGAACCAGACAUACAGGUUCCAUUUCAACUUUUAGAUGUCAAUUUUUCUCCUUUUUUCAAAAUUUCGAUAUUUUUUUUUAGCAAUCUCGAGCUGUAAAAAACAAAGGAAAGUAGGAGAAAUGCCAAGAGUUUCAUUAAUAGAUCGCUUGUUGCAGUAAUUUGCCACUUAUGGAUUUGAAAAAAAGUAUCUUUUCAUUAAUAAAUUAUGAAUAUGUACGGAAAAAACUGAGCUUUUUUUAGAUUUCAUAGACUUUUGAAACAUUCUUUUGAGAGCUUGCUUGAAAAGAGGAAUUUAAAAAAAGAAGAUAUUUUUGCGAAAAAGUGUAUUUUUGUAAUUUUUCAAGAUAAUUGUUAACUUUAAUUUUUCAAAGUUUCAGGUGUCUGGGUGGACGAGAAUCGGAAGUUGGCGGCUCUCGGAAUAGCCGUUUCGCAUGGCAUUUCUUAUCACGGCCUCGCUAUCAAUUGUUCAACCGACCUUUCUUGGUUUGACAAUGUAUGUCAUCGAAAAAAAGAUAUGAAAAAAAGAGUGUAUUAAACAGUAAGUCGAAAAAAAUACGCAGUUUUCGAGCGUUGAGACAAUGUAACAGGUUUAUUCAGCUCUAUUUUUCGGGCAUAUUACAGUAUAGCCCCCCGCAUAUGUUGGAUAUCACCCCCCGCGACACGUUCGAACAAGCCCCCACACUUAUCCAAUAUAGCCCCCCGGAACUAUCCAGUAUAACCCCCCACACCGAAAAAAAGUCACGCAACGAUCACGCAGGACACGUGUCAGAGCUUCCAUUUUUUUAAAUUUAUUUUUCUAAUUUUUUUCGUAUCAUUCGUCGUUCUUGGUUGUUUCAAAUGGUUUUUUUGUAUUUUUCGCAUGUAAAUUCGUGUUAUUUUUUUGUGAAUUUAAUAAUUUUUUUGUGAUUUGUUUUUUUAGACCAUGGAAGAAAUUAGGUCGCUGACCGAGUUUCAUGAGAAGUUCAAGUCAGACAAAGAAGUUUACGCGUACGUCUCGCCGAGAUACGUACGAAUAUCAUAAAAUUAUGGGGCGCUGACCACUUAGAAAAAAAAUUUAAGAUGAAAUUUAUUAGUUUUUCAAUCAAGUAAUUGUUCUGAGGAAUAGAAUUUUUUUGCUUUUUUUCUUUUCAUGCACAUUAAUUGAUGAAUUACUUAGGAAAAAUAGGCUUAGUUUUAAGGCUUCACACGGAGGCGGAGCGCGCAUAGCGCGAAGCCGACUGUGGCUCGCUUCGAAAAAACUGAGCCACAGUGAACAAUUCGUCAAAUAAAUAAAAUACUUGACAUAGAGGGGGUCAUUCUGAAAUAGAGGGGGGCCAUUCUGAAAUGGGAGGGGGGCCAUUCUGAAAUGAGAGGAGGGUCAUUCUGAAAUGGGAGGGGGCUUGUUCGAAUGAGCUAUGGGGGGACUAUUUCAAAGCCGUGCGGGGGGCAAAUAUGAAAGAUUGCCUAGGCAUUUCAGAAUCGCCCCCCGUUUUGUACUGUGGAGGGCCAUUCUAGAAUACGUAUUCACCCCCCGCGUUCGAUUCUUCCCCCACAUGAAGUCCUCCUAUUUUACCCCCCACAGAUCGGAACUUGGCUUGGUGGGGGGCUUGUUGGAACGCGGGGGGCAAAAACAGUGUGGGGGGCGAUUCUGGAAUUUUACCGUUUUUGAUGAAAAGUAGGUAGGGACCGCAAAGCCACGCCCCUUUUCGCGAUAGAAAAAGUGGCUUUUUUUUGGUUUUCAACUUUCAUUUUGUUGUAGUUGCAAAAUAUGUGGAACUGGCGAAUAAAAUUUGACACACAUGUACAGAAAAAGCUUCCUCUUUCGUUUAAAAAAAUAUUUCACGCUUUUUUUGAUGCGUUCUCGCGGAAUGUCGUACAAAAAAACGUGAAUGGAACUAAAAAAAUUUUUGUCAUUUUUUUGCUUUUUUUCAUGUGUUUUUCAGGUCGAACGCACUCUUUCUUUUUUUAAAUAAUGAUUUUUGAUUCAAGUAACGAAAAAUUUUUAAAACAAUAAAAUAAAAAAAUUCGUCUUUGCCAAAAAAAUUUUUAGGGAGCGCCGAAAGUCAUAAUUCAAAAUAUCGUUAAUAAGCGAAUAUAAUCAAGUUUUUUUGUUUUUUUAAAAAAAUUUAGAUCAUGGCCUUACUUGAAUUUUUUUCUUCACAGUAUCUGUGCUUGAAAUAGUUGUUUAAUACGCAAAAAAAUGCUCUUGAAACUAGAGGAUAAAAUUAGCGGCGUUUAUCACACAGAAAGCGGCCGAACGCAGGUUUUUUUAAACGAUUAUAUACAUUUAUUAGUGAAAAAAAUCUUUCAAUUAAAAGAAUAAAAUAAAAAAAUUCGUCUUUGCCAAAAAAAUUUACGGGGCCGUUUUAAGGCAGCGAUCGUUAAACGAGGAAAAAAAGCACUAAAAAAACAGUUUUUUUCGAAGUGAAUUUUUCACGGAAAGUUUGAGUAAAGAUUUGCGAACAUAUUCUGAUAAAAAAAUAGCUGAAUUACUUCAAGUUUUUUUAUUUUUUUGAAAUAGGCAAUCUGUGCUAUCUAAACGGCUCAAGGGUAAGGCGGAUGGAAGCUCCCCUUGCUAGACUUAGCAGCUUGGCGCAGCGCGUGCGCUGCGAUUUUUUUCAUUUUGAGGUCGCGAGUUCGAUGCCCGCAAGCGUCAGUUUUUUUGUUUUUCUGGAAAAUACCGACUUUUUUUCGGCAAACUAGCUGAUGAGCAUCAUUUUAGCACUCUAUUAUGAUUUGUUACAUCAUAAUAGACCAGUAUCAAAACUUGUUCUAGAAGAAAAAAAUCGAGAAAAAAAUGUCAAAAUGGAUAAUACCAAAAUUUCAGUACUAAAAAAAUGGUGCGCGGCGCGCCACAUUUUUUUCGUCAUAACUUUUUCAUCCUCAAUCUUUUUUCGAAAAAAACUAAACGGUUCUGAGUUUUUGAAUCGAAACAGCUAUCAAACCAUACAAAGCUCAAUGCUGAAAAAAAUUUUUUGAAAAUUGGUCUGCGGUCCCUAAAAGUAGGGUUAGUUUUCAAUAAAAAAAAGUUUUGAUAAUGACCAAAAAAUUUAAUGAAGUAUAGCGCCAGCUUGCCCCAUUUUUUGUUUGACCAAAGUUCUCCUCAAGGCCUUUUUUUACCGUCUUUUUCGAUGUUUUUCGGGCUCAAGUGCAAAAAAGGCUGUAUUUUAAAAAAUCACAGUCACAAUAAAAAUCUAAUAUUUUCAAAAUUAGGUAUUCUGAUCUAGAGUUUUUCAAUUUUUUCAAAAGUUUCCUGAUAAAUAGCUAAUUUCAAAGUUAUCAAUUUCGAUAUUCAAAUCCCCACCGAUGACCUCGAAAAAAUCGAAAUGUUCAAUUAAAAGAUGGAAUUUGAAGAUUGUCGGCUGUGGGAUCGAAAAUGUAUCGACAACUUCUAUUUCCAACGAGUUGAACCGUGACGUCAGUGUCCAAGAAGUUCUUCCUCGGAUGAUUGACUCGUUUAGCGAUAACUUUCAGUGUAAUAUUGUUAGGGACUAG